GGGGGAUCCUUUCGUUCGGCUCGCAUGUUGUUUAGUCAAAGUGUCAAAUCAACCCAAUCGUAGCUGUGAAGUGGUCGUGUCUAAAAAACUAGUUUGACGGUGUAUCUGCACUCCAGUUUGCGAGAUGGCUAGCGGCGUUGUGGAAGCGUGGGAUGACGACGAGACUCGUGCGCUUUGCGAGACAAGAAUAAAAUACAACUACAUGUUCACGGGCGGCAAUGGCAAUUCCAAAAAGGGUUGGAACAAAGUCAUAGAGACUCUGGCCAAAAGAGGAAUUACAAGGACGAGCAGGGAUAAGUUUAAAAAGAAGUGGGGCACUCAGGUCGCUCUGUACAAGAAGAUGAAGGAACCAUCCAAAUUUACCACGGGGCAGGGCACAGAAGAUGGAAACAAGGAGACACCAGCUUCCUGGGAACUGUUUGAGUUGUUCGACGAAUUUCAUACAGGGAAGCAUACCCUACAUCCAGACACCAUAGCGGACACCUCUGCAGCAGCUGCUCCAGCGGAUCCAAAUGCUGCUACAAGCAAAUCAUAUUUCCUGCUUGAUCCAAAUCAAACUGUGAGUGAGACCUCUACUUCUGAAACUGAUGCUCAACCAGUGGCUCCAAAUCAGACUGAAAGUGAGACCUCCAUUGCUCCAUCCAUUCCCAUCACAUCUCCCAACCCUGGCCUCCCACUUGCGUCUGUUGUCAAUGAGAACUCAACCAAAGUACUUAUUCUAAGACCAGUCCAAAAUUUAUCUUCAGCUGCACCUUCCCUCCCUAAAGUACCCAUUCCUUCAAACUCUGGUAAUCCCUCUGUUCCUGUUCCGCAACCUUCAACUUCUAAUGCAGCAGGCUCAGUGCCUGUCACCUGUAAAGAGUUUUUCAAUAAGUCAGAGAAGAAAACAAAGGCCAAAGAAGCUAAGAAGAAGGAAGACGGAUUUGAAUCUUGGUUCCAAAACUUCAUGGUCAACAGUGAGGAACAGAGACAAAAUGAGCACAAUCAGCUCCUUGACUUGUUGAAGAACUUUUCCAAGUAGUUCGUUACUUCUGCUUUUUUUUUUCUAAUUUGUGACUAUAACAAUAAUGCUCAUUGAGAUACAAAAUGAGUGUAGGAACAAUUUAAGUUUCGUUACCUUUUGUUAUGUAGUUUUCUAUAUAUUUUUUUGUUACAUUUAUAUACUAAAAUGACUGAUAUGUACUGCUGGUGCCAGAAUAAUAAUUUAUUUUUUUGUCA